UUUGUAUGAUUAUUUAAAAAAAAAUUGUAUAUAAAAUAUCAUAACUAAUUACAGUCUUACUGUUAGUUUUUCCAAGAGAAUAGGUUCUUAGGAUAAGAUUGUCGAAUCAUGUGUAAGUCAUUAAAGAAUUUUUUUUUUAAUUUGUAAAAAUAAUGAAAAUUAACUUGUAAAGUGUCGUGGCUCAACAGGUAUAGGGAAAUUUGGAAAAAAAUUUUAAGAAUUUUCUCGAAAUUUUCCCAAAAUAAAAUUUUGAACAAAAUCGAACAAUUGGAUAAAUUUGGAUCUUUGUCGGAAUUUAUCAAACUACUCGAUUUUAAUACACACUUUUCCAAUAAAAACUGCGUUUUUCCGAGAAAUUCGGGCGAAUUUUGGGAAAAUUCAUAUUUUUUACUGGAAUUUAUCUAAUAAAUACCAGCAAACUGUUCCAAAUGUAAAUACAAUUUUAACAAAUUUCUGGACAAAUUCUGUAAAAUUUUUUUGCCAGAGUAGAGCCGAAAAACAACAUGUGUACACAGUGCUAACAGAGGGAUACAACGUUUGUUUAAAAGUUAAGCAACGUAAAGAGAUAUCAUCCAUUCAUCGGCAGUGACUCGGCAGGAACGUUUAAACACCGUUCGAUCCGCUUGGACAAAUUUAUCCACGCCAAAUUGUCAAAUGAUACUCCACGACGUUGUUCGCCGCUUGCCGGCUGUGUUAGAAGGAUCAGGUUUCUAAGGCGUCCUUUGGGUGAGGGGGGAAGUAAGGGGAGCAGGGCCAGAGCAAGAGAAAAAAAAAAAGAGGAACCACCUUACGAAACUCGUCUCGUGAGAAAUUCAGAGUAAACCCCUGUCUGGUGCCCCUGUUCCUUUAUUCGCGAAAUGAUCGUGUUUGAGGUGCGCGCCUAAGAGCAAACUUCAGUCGGUGACCACGUGCUUCCGCGCGAAGCAGUGCGCCGCGUGCCCGCGAUUCCCAGUGUCCGCGUACAUUUCGUCGUCGUGGUGUUAAUUGGAAAAUCGAUCGUUUAACGCGCGCGUCUCAUCAAUCCGACGAUCGUCGUGAUUCCGUCGACAGUCAGUAGCUAGAUCCGCGUAUCUAUCCCGCGCUCGCGAGAAAUGGCGUAUACACGCAAGUACUUCAAGAGGACGCCGGUCUACGUGGUGGAGGACCACGAUGAGGCGUUACCGUUCAUAUAUCGGUGUAUGGGAUCGAAGCAUCUGCCCUUCGAAGGUAACACCUUCGUACAUCUGGAUUCGCAUCCCGAUAUGCUGAUACCGAAGGAGAUGCCGGCCGACACGGUGUGGGACAAAGAUCAAUUGUUUAGCGAGAUCAGCAUCGAGAAUUGGAUUCUGCCUGCAGUGUACGCGGGUCAUCUUAAGAACCUGAUCUGGGUAAAACCACCGUGGGCGAAUCAGAUGUCCGACGGCGUACUGACGUUCCUCAUCGGCAAGCAAAAGGAGACCGGCUUGAUAAGAUUAACUUGUACCGAACCGUACUUCCUUAGCGAAGGUUUAUAUGCGACACCAGAAGAACUUGAAAAUACUCGUGAGGUCACUCUGCAUGUGAUAACCAUCGGAGCGUUCAUCGAAGAUUCGACGAAGAAAGAUGACUUUACAGCCGUCAGCUCAGCAUUGCGCCAAUAUCUUCCUGAAAAGGAUACUCCGUACAUCUUAGACGUCGAUCUCGAUUUCUUUAGUACUAAAAAUCCGUUCAAAGAUCUGCAUGAGCGUGUAAACCUUUAUGACAAGUUGGCUCCUUUGUUUACAUAUAAGAGGGCGGAAUCAAAUGAUCCAGAGAUUUUAAAAGAAUCGAUGGCAGAGAGGAACCAACAGCUCUCCGAACUGAAGAAUCUUUUCGGUUAUUUAGAAGAACAUCGUUCUUUAAAGGAUUACGAUGGUUUGAAGACAUCACGAUAUGAAGCCGUGGAUCGGCUUUUUCAAGAAGUAAUGAGCGCCUACAGGGACCCGGAAAUCGAUUGGAUGCUAGUGUACAACGCAGGUUGCACUAUCGAUGAUACAGUUCUACCCGAACAUGUGACAGAUCCUAACGAUCUCGAUCGCUUAAUUAAUGGAACGUUCCGUUUAUUUUUGGCUGCUCUUCCUACACUUCCAACAAUCGUCACUAUAUCCAGAUCUAGUGAAGACGAUUACACUCCUAUUGAAAACGUUGACCAGAUUCAAGUUGAUGUUCUCGACCAACUUCGCGAACGAUUGGGACCGGAAUUAGAUAUUAAGCUGAUUUAUCAAGACGAAGAACAACAAUAAUUCUUAAAGAAAAAAACAGGAUGUACCGUUUAUUGAGUUUAUUCUUUCCUUUUGUCCUUUAAUCCUCUUUUACGAUUUGUCAAAUAAAGAUAUAAACAAACACA